UUUUUUGUUUUUUUUUUUCCCUGUGGGUAGAAACUAGAAACCCAAAACAAAUUGUUGUAUAUAUAUAGGAUCAUCAAUUUGCCAUUCUCAAAUCUCAACACUCGAGUCUGGUUUUAGAAUCGCCGCAUUGUGUUCUCUUUCUCUCUCCCCCUAGAUUUUUGUGCCGAAAGAAACCAGCAUUUUAUGGGUUCUCUCUUUGGUGACUGGCCAUCAUUUGACCCUCACAACUUCAGCCAACUCCAACCCUCCGAUCCUUCUAGUCCUUCUAGAAUGACUCCUGCAACCUAUCAUCCUACUCACAGCCGCACCCUUCCACCACCUGAUCAAGUGAUAACUACUGACGCCAAAAACAUUCUCUUAAGGCAUAUCUAUCAGCGUGCUGAAGAGAAGGAUUUGAGACCGAAGAGAGCUGCGCCAGAACAUCUUGUACCUGAGCAUGGAUGCAAGCAACCUAGGGCAUCUUCCAGUUCCUGCUGAGCCCUUAUCUUGUUAUAUGGAACCCCAAUAGUUAAUUCAUGUAAAUGUUUUUGUCAUGCCAAAUAUGCGUGAGUUUCUUGUGGGUUGAAAAGGGGUUUUAUCUAUAAGCAGCUUAGCCAGAAGUGUAGAUUUUGUGUGUAUAAUUCAUAAAUACUAUAGAGUUGGGUUAUCCCUAUAACAGUUUACAUGGAUGAUGAAAUGAAAGUAAUAGAUAUUAUUUGCUUCC